AUGGAAGGAAACCGUGAAAGAGCCGUGUUCUGUGGUGACAAAGCACCAAACCAGAUCAGCUCCACCUUGAAAGAGGGAAACCUGCAGGGUCUUGUGAUGAUGACACAUCCAUUGUCAAGAAAUCAGGAGAUUUGGGGGCCCGGGGCCGGCGGCGGCGCUCAGGGCGGCAGCAUCCACUCGGGCUGCAUCACCGCGGUGCACAACGUGCCGCUCAAAGUGCUCAUCCGGCCCCUGCCGUCGGUGCUGGACCCGGUCAAGGUGCAGAGCCUGGUGGACACGAUCCGGGAGGACCCCGACAGUGUGCCCCCCAUUGACGUCCUCUGGAUCAAAGGGGCUCAAGGUGGUGACUACUUCUACUCCUUUGGGGGCUGCCACCGCUACGCAGCCUACAGCCAACUGCAGCGAGAGACCAUCCCUGCCAAGCUUGUCCAGUCCACGCUGUCGGACCUGAGGGAGUACCUGGGCGUCUCCACGGCAGACUUAGAAUAG